UCAGAGUAUUUUUUUGUCAUGCGUGAUAUGUCAGCUGUUAACUGUUUGUCAAAAAUGAAGAACGUAACUCUUAAUAACAAACUAGUAUAAAACUUGUUUUGGUAAUUUUUAUAUAUUAUAGCAGUCAUGACGAAGGCGUAAUUACUGUCGACGUUUCAAAUAGCAUUUUAGUGGAUUCAGUUACUGCAAUGGCACAGACAAUACUUCCAGCUGAUUACAUCCAGUCCUCGGAGGACUUUAAUGAUGAUGGUGACUCUACAAAAUUGACAUUAGCAUAUGAAAGAUUGUAUGAAUUACCAAGAACCAUCAUUGAAAGAUUCUGCGAUCAUAUUAGGUACCUGGAUAUAAGUCACAAUAAAAUAACAAAUCUUGAUGGCUUAGUACAUUUUAAGCACCUUACAACACUAAUAGCUGAUGAUAAUCCCAUAACUGAGCACUGCUUGUUACCUCCGAUGCCUAAUUUACAAUUAUUAUGGUUAAACCGUUGCAAAAUAUCCUCACUGUACCCAUGGGUGAGCAAACUCAAAGAAUCCUGUCCAAAUCUCCAGUAUCUGUCUGUAAUGGGAAAUCCAGCGGCUCCCAGUUACUUUAAUGGCGGUACUUUCUAUGAAAUGCUUCAGUACAGGCUGUUCGUGAUAUCACAGUUUCCAUCCCUCCUACACCUGGAUGAUAGAAAAGUGACAGAAGAUCAAAGAGAGGAAGCGCACAGGUUGUACAAACGGCCACUUCUCGAAAGAAUUGUGAAGCCAGGAUCCGGGAGCCUGACUCAACUAAUGACCAGCUCGGUGACGUGGAGCUCCGUCCAUAAUAAAUUAUCUUCGUUUUGGAAUAAGGAAAAAGGACAAAGAAGAAAUUUACUUAUUUAGUGAAUUAUUGAAGGUAGGGAAGAGACAUUUUUGAGACUGGAUAGAAUUUGAUCAAGGAUCAAGAAAAUCGUUUUGUUACUCAAAGCUAUAAAUAGUUUUUACAAGACACAGUAUAAGCUACAACUAUACUAAGUUAAAUUAAAAACUUUAAAUUCACCUCACGAUUCCCGCGUCCUAUAUACACUUCACAUAAACAAACACAUUUAAAUUAAUUCAUAGUUUCGUUUAAUUUGAUUUUGGUUUGAUAACACACAAACGUAUAGAAAAAGUCUGUAGACGUUAACAGCACAAAUUCGAGAGUUGCGGAUGUUUCCGUCUAUGUGAUCAUAGUCUUAUUCCACACACACAAACUAUGGUAUGUAUGACCAAAGACCAUGUCAAAAUAUUGCCACGUAGUUUAGUAGACAAUAGUUAGAAUGAGCAAGUGCCUUCCUAUGCACGAAAUUUAUUUUGUUACGUUUAACGUGUACGCAAUAGGAUAUGCCAUUAUUCAAAAACCCAGGAUUCCAUAUUUCGAAAAUUGUAAAAAGGCGAACUUAUUUGCAAACCUGUAUCUCAAUUUCACCCCUUUUGGGUGAUGAUAUUUCAAAAACGUAGUAACAUCUGUCUACUCAUUACUGUAAGCAUCGAAUUCCAAAUUUCUCACUUUCAACAGUAAGGAACAUAAUCUUUCAUCUUAGGAAUUACCCCCUGAUUAAAAAAAAUUAAUAUUUCAUUCUGUUUGACCCAUUGUAACUGCGUGGUCAGUCAGUUAUUUAAAUAUUAUUAAGUAUAUACGUAAAUAUAGACGCGCCAAUUAGCAUCGAACACAUGAAAGCUAUAGAAAACUUACCUUACACGCCUUCAAGGGACCAAUACGCUAAUUUAAAGACGUUAUUAAAAUUAGAGAAAUAAGGAGUAUGGGCGUCUUAUUUGUAAUAUUAUGUUAAUAUAAGUAACAAUAUAUACUAGAAAGUAAAUAGGAAAUAUCAGAAAAUUCUAAAUUCAAAAAGCUGGAUUUCAUUUAGUCAUCUAAGGUAAACGUGUCUGUCUAUAGAGGAAAAUGCGUAUUUUGAUGAUAUCGUAGGAAGAAAACCGUUCAUAAUUACCACCGCUCCCUUUUUUAUAUUAGCAGUGUCAAAUUUAAGGUACUAAAGGAAUGUAUGGCUUUAAAAUGUGCUUCUUUUUCAUCAUCAAAAGACGCAUUCCCCUCUAUAGACGCACUUACCUCAGUCCACUCUGAAUAUAAUAUUCUUAUACUAUUUCUGUAUUUGAUAAUAAGAUAAUACGUUGAAAUUAUUUUAAAGUGAAUUUUGUCACUCAAAUUUUUUUAUUAAGAAUCGUGUUUAUUAACUAGUCGUUUUAAUACAUUUAUAUAAAUUUUAUAAACUUUGCUAUUUCCGCAUGAC